GGCAGGUGACGUCAUGCGCCAACUUAGAGUAGAAGAAGGCAGGGAAAAAAGCUAAGUGGGCAAAAAGGGAAGUUGGGCCUCUCCUCCUCCUCCUCCUCUACCUCCUGCUUCCUCCUCAAAUACUUCUCAUGCAUAUUCCCGAAGGCUUUAAUCUGACGGCGCACAUCACAAAGUCAGCGCGGCUCCGGGGCUGCCCGCAUUUCUGCGCUCUGAGCUUUCUCCCCUCUCCUGCUGUUAUUUAUUCCACCUCUCACACUGACCGGCUGGGUCUAUCUAAGUGUGUUUUUUCACCGCUGAGUUCUGGGCCCCGUUUACCGAGAACAAACUCUACUGCAGCAACUUUGGCUGCCCAAGGGUCAUCCCGUGUGUAGGUCACCUCCCAGCCCGUGCAUGCGCGUGGACUGCGGGUCUGACCGGUCCACAUCAUACAGCUUCAGGGCAGCUCACGCCGGGGAGACACACUGGACACUCACACCGCCUCCGCAGCGCUCAGCAUCUCCACCGGCACCUACCCGGACUGCUGCGACAAGAUCUAAAACUGAUUAAAACCCGCUGCUGACUUUCCCUCAGCCGAACUGGAAGAGGAGCCCAAGAUGAGUAAAGGUUCCAGCUCAACAAGUGGCUGUUUGGAUAUUUUAAACGUCAAGUCAAGCCGUAUUCUGGACAUCCCGUGUAAAGUGUGUGGAGACCGCAGUUCAGGUAAACACUAUGGGGUGUACGCGUGCGACGGCUGCUCUGGCUUCUUCAAGAGGAGCAUAAGGAGGAACCGGACAUACGUCUGCAAGUCCGGCACGCAGGGUGGAUGUCCUGUUGAUAAAACUCACAGGAAUCAGUGUCGUGCAUGUCGCUUGAAGAAAUGUUUGGAAGUAAACAUGAAUAAGGACGCUGUUCAGCACGAGCGGGGUCCGAGAACGUCCACCAUCAGGAAGCAGGUGGCGCUCUACUUCAGGGGCCACAAGGACGUAAACGGUUCUUCUGCCCCAUUUCCCACCGCCUCCAUCCCUGGACCACCCUUCUUCACCACCGUCAGCCAGCUGGACACACACAGUCUCGAUCUUAAUACAGUGGCUAGCACGCCAGAGCGCCAGCAGGCUGUGGUGGGGCUCGCUCAGCCCACUCCCAAAUACCCCCAUGAAGUGAGUGGUGCACCUCUGUAUUUAUAUGAAGUGGCCACUGAGUCAGUGUGUGAAUCAGCGGCACGUCUCCUCUUCAUGAGCAUCAAAUGGGCAAAAAGUGUCCCUGCCUUUUCAACUCUGCCCUUACCUGACCAGCUGAUCCUAUUAGAGGAAGCCUGGAGGGAACUGUUUGUACUGGGCAUAGCGCAAUGGGCCAUUCCUGUGGACUCCAACACUCUGCUGGCUGUUUCAGGGAUGACAGCAGAAAACACAGAAUCUCAGAGGCUCAACAAGCUAAUGGAAGAGAUCCAAGCGCUGCAGGAAGUGGUGACGCACUUCAGGCAGCUCCGGCUAGAUGCCACAGAGUUUGCCUGCCUCAAGUGUAUAGUCACAUUUAAAGCAGUUCCAACACACAGUGGCUCAGAGCUGAGGAGCUUCCGUAACGCCAGCGCCAUCGCAGCCCUGCAAGAUGAAGCUCAGCUCACCCUGAACAGUUACAUCCACACAAGGUACCCCACUCAGCCGUGCCGCUUCGGAAAGCUGCUGCUGCUGCUGCCCGCGCUGCGCUCCGUCGGUCCGUCUACCAUCGAAGAGGUGUUUUUCAAAAAGACCAUCGGGAACGUCCCUAUCACACGACUGCUCUCCGACAUGUACAAAUCCAGUGACAUAUGAAACCCGGCCACUAAAACAUAAGGCACGAUUCGCGCAUCCCCAACCAGGACUAACUGGAAAAACACUGGAAAACUGGAAUGUGAGAGGCGAGUGAUGCAAAUCAAACAAACAGCAUUAAAAGACUCACGAUACGAUACGAUUAUCAUCAUGUAACACGAGGCUGACUUUCCACCACGGCGUGGAUGCAGAACACCUGGAGGCGUCCUACUCUUAAAAGAGAUCCAGAGAUUUCACGAAGCGCUUAAAGGGUCUGUGGAAAGUCCAGCCUCAGGCCAGCCGGGGGACGGGAUGUUUCCUGGGUUGAGGAGCAGUAGAGCAGAAAGAGGGAAGACUUUAAAGUCAAGACCUAAACUAUGUUUCUAACUGUACAUCUAAUCUACGGUUUUUAAGUAUACUUACUGAGUUAACCUGAUUCAGACAGUCGAGGGGAAAGCGGUAAACCACUGUAAGCCGCUCGGUUGGGUAGUUGCGUACAAUCAUGAACGGUUGGUUGCUCAAUGGAAAGACGGUUUAAGUAAUGAACUCCAAAAAGACCAAUGAGCUUUUCCGACCAAUGUUCUUUUUUAUCAAAUUGCAAACUUUUUUUUAUUUCUUCUGCAACGUUCUGUCUGUAAGAGUUUGGCGGAAACCAAAUAUAUAUUUGAUAUAUUUUAGAAAGAUAGAGAGAAAGAGAAAGGAGAAGGAGGGACAGAGAGAUGGAUAGAGGGAGAGUGGUGGAAGAGGGAUAAAGCCGCGAGUUGUCGCUGUCCAUUCGACGAGGUGCUGAAAACCAAAGGAGCAACGUAAAGCGUGAAACUCUGACCUUGUCCCGCCUCGCGCAAACUACUCAACAACGCCAAGGACGACUUUCAACUACAAGACAAAACUAGAGGUGGGUAACCCAGGUCCAUAAAGUAAAAAUACAACCCAGGGUUUUGUACCAACUACCUGGACGGCUCUGCUGCAGAUCAGACAAAACCCACCUCUAGACAAAACAGACAAAUAACACAACUACAAACAAACACAAACAAAUCUAAACAGCCUAUUUCGUGGUCCAACGCAGCCUUCGGAGCUUACGACGAGUAGUUACUAUACUAACAUAUGUUGACACACACAUGCUCAGCACUUGUAAGGGUGGAUUUUGUAGUCUGUAAAUAUAUUCAUUGUUGUAAAAAGUACAAACAUUUGGUGAAAGUUGUCUAAAUAUUAGAAUAAAUAUUGAAUAUUGA